AUGGCCACCACAGCUGCUGCUUCACCUAUUAAGAGGAUUGCGGUAAUAGGUGCUGGACCUACUGGGAUUGCAUGCGCAAAGUUCUUCGUGGCAGAAGAAGCAUUCUCGACAAUUGACAUCUUCGAGCAAAGGCAGAAUAUUGGUGGCAUCUGGAACUUGUCGUCCAAUGAACGAUCCAAACACAUUCCUGUACCUCAAAACGACCCAGACUAUAGCACUGGUGGCAAAGACGAAGAUCACCCACUUGAGUUCGAAAGUCCUUUGUAUGACUAUCUAGAGACUAAUAUCCCCAAGUCAUUGAUGGCCUACUCUGACCUUGCAUUCGGCCAAGAUCUACCUCUGUUUCCCCGACACGAUGAAGUCCUUAGGUAUCUUGAGCAAUAUGCUGAACCUGUCUCAUCUAUGGUAAAAUUUGAAACACAAGUUAUUGAUGUACAGGCGGUGUCCAAUGAAAGUGCAGUAAGCUCGUCACGACUCGACCAGGAAUGGAUCGCAGUAGUUGUUGCAAAUGGACACUAUACGGUCCCACACAUUCCGAGUAUUCCUGGCAUCAAAGAGUUCAACGAGAGGUAUCCAGAUGUUAUUAUGCAUUCCAAAGCCUAUCGUCGCCCCGAAGAUUAUACCGGAAAGAAAGUACUUGUCAUUGGCAAUUCUGCAUCAGGGCUCGACAUCUCUGCUCAGAUAGCUACUUGUGCACAGCAACCAGUCUACCUAGCCUCAAGGAGCGCAAGUCAAUUAGCACCGACUGGUGGCGGCCCUUCGUGGAGGAAGGACGUUCCUGAGAUACAAGAAUUCAUUGCUGAUGGUUCCGCACGCGCUGUACGAUCAAAGGAUGGCCAGGUGCAUUCCGGGUUUGACACAAUAAUUUUUGCCACAGGAUAUUACUAUUCCUACCCUUUCCUUAGCAAAGCCUCUGCUGGAACAGACACAAGCUCGCAGUCGGUCUCCCCUUCGGAAUCUGCUACAUCUCUAGACUCGGUGUCCCGAACGGAUAACAACCACGACGAUCUUGAACCGAAGCAACCAUUUAGGAAGAUGGUCAGUCCGUUCGCCGACCUAGUCACCAGUGGUCUACGAACGCAUCAUGUAUACAAGCACUUCUUGCAUAUGGAUUAUCCUACCUUGGCACUUCCAGUCCUCAAUCUGAAAAUCAUACCCUUUCCUCUUGGGGAGAACCAGGCGGCUGUGUUGGCCAGAUUAUGGUCAGGGCGACUAGACCUUUCGACACGAGGGACAAUGCAAGAUUGGGAACAAGAAGAAGAGCAGCGUUUGUUGAAGGCAAACAGACUCAGGCAAGCACCUGAUACUGCAUCAGGAGACAGUGCUACCUCAACCCUGCCUAAAUCAGGAGCAGCAAAAUAUGAAGGAGGCUUUCAUACCCUUGUGUAUCCUGAAGAUGCGAAUCAGAUUAAUACGCUUUAUGCAUGGGCUGCUUCGGCGCGAAAGAAGGACAGUCUACGUAAUGAAGGCGUGGGAAAGCUAGGCACGCGCUGGAAUGAGAAAGACGUGUGGUUGAGAGGACGAUUUCCAGAUAUCAAAGCUGCUUACACUAAACACGGCGACAAGAGAUUCGGUAUCACAAGUCUUGAAGCCCUAGGUGACGAGUGGAAAGAAGGGUUCGCAAGAUGGCAAAGAGAAACGACUAAGGAGAAUCAAGCUGAGUUAUUUAGGAAAGCUGGUGUCGAAAGCUACUGA